AUGUUCGCCAAAUUCCGCCAACAGCAGCAACAGCAGAUACAGGGUGGGGGGGAUUCGUCACCGUGGAUGGAAUCCGAGGAACCGGAACCGACCGAGCUGAACCCGAGCAAGUGCGGGCAACGGUUACUUUUGAGCAAGGACAAGCUAAGCGUCACGUACACGGGCAACGGCACUCAUAACAACGACGUGGGCGCUAUCCAGGCGAACCGCGCCGCGCCGAGCCAGCGCGCGAUCUACUACUUCGAGAUUGUCGUGAAGGACCGCGGCGCGCGCGGGUGUGUGGCCGUUGGGUUCGCGGACGCGAGCUUCAAGACGUGCCGGCAGCCGGGGUGGGAGGCGAGCAGCUACGGGUACCACGGGGACAACGGCAAGGUGUAUCACAACAGCGGGCGCGGGGAGGCGUACGGGCCUGAGUUCACCACCAACGACGUCGUGGGCGCGGGCAUCAACUACGGCACACACGAGAUCUUCUUCACCAAGAACGGCAAGUCGUUGGGGCCAGCGUUCCGGGAUGUGAAGGGCGAGCUCUUCCCCACCAUCGGCCUGCACAGCCCCAAUGAGAGGCACGCUCGCCUUCCGAGCUCAAGUCAGACAGGUGGGCAUGCCAUGCUCACACAAGUGGACCGGGGAGGUGGACCGGGGAGGUGGACCGGGGAGGUGGACCGGGGAGGUGGACUGGGGAGGUGGACCGGGGAGGUGGACCGGGAGGUGGACUGGGGAGGUGGACUGGGGAGGUGGACUGGGGAGGUGGACUGGGGAGGUGGACUGGGGAGUUGGUUCACUCUCUACUACCCGCCCACCUCCUCCUUUUCCCACCCAACCUCCUUUUCCCCACAUGCCAUAUCGCCCAAACCACAGAACGAUAGCGCAGGAGUUACGUUUCUCCUCCGAACCACCAAGUUUGCAGAGAUCGUGCGGUCGGGGUCGCUAGAGGCAGCACUGGCAUAUGCGCGUUCAGAGCUCUCAGGGUUCCGAGGCCGCUCACCUGACCAGGACGCUCUGUUGGAGGACUUCCUCGCUCUCUUGGCGUAUCCCGAUGCCACUGCCAGCCCGCUCGCGUACCUGCUGCACCCCUCGCAUCGAGACGCGGUAGCAGACCAGGAGAGGGGUUGGACUGGAGCGGACGUGAUUCGUGGGUUUGCGGCAUUGGCAGGAGCGCAGGGCGAGCUGUUCUGCCUGAAGCGCAUGCUGGGUGGGGGGAAGGAGGGGUGUGGUGAAUGA